CUAAGCGGAGGUAAGGAAAUACUUUUCAGCACUGCUAACAACAACACGGCUAAAGGAACCUCUUAAAGUCAACGGUGCAGCAAGCACACGGCCAUUAAGGACGGACUUGAUCUCCCCUCCGUACAACAUAUCACAUUUGAGCGAUGUUUUAGCCACUUGGGAGGGUAACAAGGCGGCUGAAGUUUGCGCAUAGCUCGCUGACGUUAGCCGGGGAGGUGAAGAAGAAGACAUGGAGUUGGACGACGUCGUCCUCUACCAGGACGAUUCUGGCGGCUCGACCAUGAUGUCCGAGCGGGUCUCGGGUCUGGCCAAUUCUAUUUACCGCGAGUUCGAGCGGCUCAUCGGGAGGUACGACGAGGACGUGGUGAAGCAGCUGAUGCCGCUGGUCGUCGCCGUGCUGGAGAACUUGGACUCGGUGUUCGCUGUCAACCAGGAGCACGAAGUGGAGAUCGAGCUGCUGAAGGAGGACAACGAGCAGCUCGUUACUCAGUACGAGCGAGAAAAGUCCUUUAGAAAGCACAUCGAAGAGAGGUACAUUGCAGUGGAAGACUCCCUGGAUGGUGAGAGAAAGGAUCUUCAGGAUCGAGUGGUGACUUUGGAGUCACACUCGCGUCAGUUGGAGCUAAAAAUGAAAAACUAUGCAGAUCAGAUCAGCAGAUUUGAAGAGAGGGAGGCGGAACUCAAGAAGGAGUACAGCGCUCUUCACCACAGACACACUGAGAUGAUACAUAGCUACAUGGAGCACUUGGAGCGAACUAAACACCAGCAUGCAGUGACAAUAGAGCCCGCAGACUCCAGUACUGGCACACCAGCUAGGAUACGGAAGGAGCGUCCUAUUUCCAUCGGCAUCUUUCAUGUUCCAGGGAUUGAUGGCUUGACCUCUGACCUCCAAAGGCAACCUGUGGAUGUGAAUUCUGAACAAUGGAGGUUCAAUAACCUCAGCCAUCCAAGGUCUAACACCAGUCUAAAGGAUGAACUGGCCAAUGCAAGCCAUGAAGGGUCCAAAUCUAACACUUCAACCAACCAGCCAAGUGUCUCCAGACAGGAAGGAGCAACAUCAAAUGCCAACGCCCCUAAGCCCUCUCAGACGGGUAGUUUAAAAUUAAACACCGCCACAUCCACACACUGUUGUGACUUUCAAACGUCAAGGCCGCUGUCACCUAAUGGCACAGCAGGUGAUGCAAGUUCUGUAUCUAGCCAAGUCUCUGCUACACCCCUCUCUUUUGCUGCAUCGAAUGUUGCAAUGGAAUCUGUAGGUACACCUCAGGAACAAGAGCGCUUGGGUGGGCAGACACAGAAUCUAGACUGCAACAGUGGCAAACCAGACAACAAUGGAAAAGACAACCUGGAAAAGUCGUCUGAGGUGUUAGCGAUCAUUGAGUCUACACCUGAGCUGGAUAUGAACCUUGAUGGCUGCAAAGCAACAAGCACACCGACGAAAGGCGGUAUCGAGAAUCUAGCAUUUGACCGGAACACGGACUCGCUGUUUGAAGAGCUGUCUUCUGCAGGAAAUGACUUCAUUGGAGAUGUGGAUGAUGGAGCAGACCUGCUUGGCAUGGGUCGUGAAGUUGAGCAUCUUAUCCAGGAGAAUGCACAGCUUCUGGAGACAAAAAAUGCUCUGAAUGUGGUGAAAAAUGACCUCAUUGCUCAUAUGGAUGAGCUGACCUGUGAGAAAGAUGUUUUGCAAGGAGAGCUCGAUGCCAUCCGUCAGGCCAAGAUCAAACUGGAGGAAAAAAAUAAAGAUUUAGAGGACGAAUUGAAGGGGGUUCGAGCUGCACUUGAGGAUAGUAAACAAAAGGCUAAGACUGACGAUGAUGAUAGUGACGUGCCGACAGCACAGAGGAAACGCUUCACCAGGGUGGAAAUGGCCAGAGUUUUGAUGGAGAGGAACCAGUAUAAGGAGAGGCUAAUGGAGCUGCAGGAGGCUGUCAGAUGGACAGAGAUGAUCCGGGCCUCCAAGGAAACCCCGGCUCUUACAGAGAAGAAGAAAUCCAGCAUCUGGCAGUUUUUCAGCCGUUUGUUCAGUUCGUCGGGCGGCGCAUCCAAAAAGCCUGCCGCUGAGGCUUCGGUCAACGUCAAGUACAAUGCACCCACCUCACAGAUUCAACCGUCUGUCAAGAAGAGGAGCACCACCUUGCAGCAGCUCCCCAGCGACAAGAGCAAAGCUUUCGAUUUCCUCAAUGAGGAAUUGGCUGUUGAAAGCAUCAUGUCAAGGCGAGAACAGAAGCGGGCACAGUACCAGCAGGUUAAGGCCCAUGUCCAGAAAGGGGAUGACCGAGUGCAGGCUUACGGCUGGAGCCUACCCAAUAAGUACAAAAGUAAUGGCGGUCAGGAGAAGAUGAAUGACCUUCCAGUUCCUGUCUUCCUUAGACCUCUGGAUGAGAAAGAUGCUUCUAUGAAGCUGUGGUGUGCCGCUGGCGUGAACUUGUCUGGGGGUAAAACCAGAGAUGGAGGUUCCAUUGUAGGUGCCAGUGUGUUUUACAGUGAUGUGGCUGGACAAGAGAGCUCAAAAAAGAAAACAGGAUCUCAGAACAGCCUGGAUAAACUGGAUCAAGAACUUGAGGAACAGCAGGAAGAACUACGACAUCAAGACGAGUUGUCAUCGCUGGUGUGGAUUUGUACCAGCACUCAGUCAAACACUAAAGCUGUAGUUAUAGAUGCCAACCAGCCUGGAACCAUCCUGGAUAUCUUCUUUGUGUGUAACGCGCACAUCCUCUGCAUCGCCAGUGUACCAGGUGCAAGGGAGACAGACUAUCCUGCAGGUGAAGAGGUAACCUUGAGUUCAGAAUCUGCACCAGCUGACAAAGCCAGUUUAUCCGACAGCGGUAGCAGUACAGCAGACAGUGAUGGCGUGCUUGGAGGCAUUACUGUUGUGGGCUGUACAGCUGAGGGAGCAACAGCUGUCCCUCAGACAGCAGGUAGUGCAUGCCAAGAAAAUGGAAAGACAGAAUCCAGACAAGCAGAGGCCACUGAGGAUAGUGGAGGGUGCGCUGGUGAGAAAGAAAACCUAAAAGGAGUCCACACUGAACAGGUCUUCACUGAUCCUCUGGGAUUUCACCAAGCAGCAGGCACCCCAGCCAACUACUCUCAAAGUAGAUGUGACCUGGUGAAAGAUGGCGUGAGUUCAAACACCAAAGCAGAAGAGCAGGAUCUGAUGAGAGAAGAGGCCCAGAAGAUGAGCAGCGUCCUGCCCACCAUGUGGCUCGGGGCACAGAAUGGAUACGUGUAUGUCCACUCUUCGGUGGAACAGUGGAAGAAGUGUCUCCACUCUGUAAAGCUGAAAGACUCUGUGCUUGGCAUUGUACACGUCAAAGGGCGUACCCUGGUUGGCCUGUCUGAUGGCACGUUAGCCAUCUUCCACCGUGGAAUUGACGGCCAGUGGGAUCUGACUAACUACCAUCUGCUUGACUUGGGGAGACCUCACUCUUCCAUCCGGUGCAUGACUGUGGUACACGACAAUGUGUGGUGUGGCUUCAGGAAUAAGAUCUUUGUGGUGCAGCCCAAAGCUAUGAAGAUAGAGAAGUCAUUUGACGCUCACCCUCGUAAAGAGAGCCAGGUGCGUCAGCUGGCUUGGGAUGGUGACGGCAUCUGGGUGUCCAUCAGGCUGGACUCCACUCUCAGGUUGUUCCACGCCCGCACCUUCCAGCACCUGCAAGACGUGGACAUCGAGCCCUACGUCAGCAAGAUGUUGGGUACAGGGAAACUGGGCUUCUCGUUUGUGCGCAUCACGGCUCUCAUGGUGUCGCGUAAUCGUCUGUGGAUUGGCACCGGCAACGGAGUCAUCAUUUCUAUACCUCUUGCAGAGACAGCUAACAAGCUAACCAAAGGAGCAGGAAGUGACGUUCGAAUCUACGGUGACGAGAGCAGUGACAAAAUAGCAGCAGGGACAUUUGUUCCCUACUGCUCCAUGGCUCACGCUCAGCUCUGUUUCCAUGGACACCGGGAUGCGGUCAAGUUCUUCACCGCCGUACCAGGUCACGCCAUUCCGUCCGCCUCCAGCUGCGGCGAAGCGUCAGGUGGAAAGACAUCAGACGCCGCAGCUCAGGAAGGAACCAAGUCUGUGUUGGUGAUGAGUGGAGGAGAAGGUUACAUAGACUUCAGGAUGGGGGAUGAGGAAGGCGAUGCGGCCGAGGGGGAGGACCCGCCCAUGAAACUGCAGUCGCCCCUGGCGAUAGCUGAGUGCAGCCACCUUAUUGUCUGGCAGGUCCUGGACAGCGAGAACUGACCUUUGACCCUUGACUCUGAAUGAGGCGCUCAAUCAGCACUUUUGAAAGUCAGUUGUGUUUUCAGUUUUAACACCUGACUUCUUCAGUACAAAAUGUAUUUAUUCUUUCAGCACAUAUAUUUUUAUGACAUUCAAGGACAAAUGUCUGGUUUAAUGCGUGUGUAUGAGCAAUAAUUCAAUGAUUACUUUUUUCAACACUCAAAUUAUAAGCCACUGGCUUUUAUCUAUGCCCCGUUUUUUCCUAAAUCAAAACUUGAUUGAUUAUUCUAUAAAGUACAGGAUUGUGCUCUGUGUAUUUAAAUAUGAAACAUGGCGGAAGCUACCCCAGUUUGUGCCUUUCUAAACAAAAGUAGUGAAAGUGAAAUCUGCUCCGCUGUGCUGAGGACGAGUCUUAGGAAAUAAGUGACAAAGAAUGCAUGGAUAAAAGAUGUUUUGACCUCAAAGUACAACAUCAGCACCAAGUUGUUUCCAAAUGAGUCAAACAACUGCAAGGUUUGUGCAGCAUGAACUGACAUUAAAACACACACGUGUGUGUAUAUGUAAAAUGCAAUACUGUUACGUUUUAAAUUUUAUGUUGUAGGGUUUUCUUUGCCAGCAAAGCACUGUUUUUGUUUUUACAUUUGACACUACAGUAGAUACACAUUUGAAAUUGAUAAGCUGGCCUGUGCAUGAGAAGCAAAUAGUGGCUAUACUGUAGUUUUUUUUGCAUUUUAUUUACAUAAUUCAACUAAACUUUCCUUCAUUUUUCAUUUGUUUGCCGUGCCGAGACUCAACAAACUCGUUUUGUCGAGCAGACCCUGUUGCCUUCCGCUUUUCCAGUAUAUAUUUCUUUCUCGAAAGAAUGUAAACGUCUGCUACCAAAAACAAGUCUCACCUUCUCAGUAUGUAUGUAUACAAAACAUGCUGUUUUCCUCUAAGAUGCGUGUAAAUAAGAUGUAUUUUUGGAGUUUGAGGCUGAAUAUUUUCAUAGAGAAGACAACAAGCCUGUUAACUAUUUCAGUGGGUCACACUGCAGCCACAUCUACAUUCCAUGUAGGUUUUACGGCAAUAUCAACAUUUCCUGUAGAACAAGUUUCAAUCCAUUCUCUUUUUGUGGAAUUUUGCUUUCUGUGUGUGUGCGUUUUCUCCAUUGCUGUUUAGCCAUUUCAGUAUUUAUUUGAAGGAUUGAGUCAUUGCAAUUCAGAAUGUAUCUCAGUUCGAUAAAUAUAAAUUAAGAAUGUAUGAAGCUGACAGUUGCUUGAGUUGGAAUGUUUUGUUGUUUGUUAGUAGGUAAGGGUUGACUUACGACUGCUUAGCUACGCACACUGUCUCUGCAGGGAGGUACUGUAUGUUCAGUCUCCUCUUCAACCAUUUUUCAUCUCUAUGAAUGUCAAUUUCGUUCCACCAAACACUUUGUCUGUACAGUGCUCUCCUGGCUCUCGUCUGCAAAAAGAUUGUCAAAAACCUGACAAAGACUGUUCCGAUUUAGCAGGGCACGCAAUACCCAAUUGUAUCAUCAAUCUCUCGCCUUACUUAUUUUUAACAAUCAAUUAAAUCAUAUUUUGUGGGCGGAACAA